CAAGACCAGGACAGGUUAGAUCAGAAUAUAAAAAGAGAUCAUUUUUUAAACAUCGUUGAGGAUUAAUUACUCUAUCCAUAAACUGUGAAACUAUUUUAACUGCUUACAGAGUACUUUCUCUUGCUUUAUUCCGACCUCACGCUUGAUGUAUUGACUUACGUAAUUAGAUUCUUAGACGAAGUGAUUAUUCCCCAAUUAGGCAACUUCCGCUUAUCUUUGUUAUUCAAGGAGCUACUUAGCUAGCUCGCUCGGCCAACACACAGGCUUCUAAUAUACAAGUUAUUUCGAGGUUUACAGUAGAAUCCAUUGCAAAAUGAUCCGGAAAGCUUCACUAAAGCCCGCUUUUUUUGGAAAGGAGAUGGGCCAAUAAUCAUUGCUACAAAUGUCAGGCAGUAAAACAGUUUUGGUUACUGGAACCUCAGGGUUUAUAGCACAGCACAUAGUUGACAAUCUGCUCAAUAAAGGAUACAGGGUAAUUGGAACAACAAGAUCGGAGAGCAAAAACACGUUUUUGCGGAAGGAGUAUCGAUGUAGGUAUGAAAAUUGUCAAUUGGAAUUUGAAGUAGUUUCUGACAUAUCUGUUGAUAAGGCAUUUGACAAAAUAUUCAUCAACCAUCCUGAAAUCCAAUACGUUAUACACACAGCAUCUCCGUUUUUCUAUGGUUCAGAAAAACCGCUCGAUGAAGCUUAUUUGGUACCUGCCUUGAAGGGAACGUUGAACAUUCUUUUAGCUAUUACACAGUUUGCACCUCAGGUGACAAAUGUGGUGAUCACAUCUUCUUUCGCAGCCAUGAAACAGAUGGAUGAAACAUAUACGACUCAUGUUCAUAACAAUGAAACAUGGAAUCCGAUCAAAUGGGAAGAAGUGAAAACUGAGAAUGAUGCUUAUGUUGCUUCCAAGACCUAUGCGGAGAAAGCUGCCCGAGAAUUUCUUAGGGAAAAUAAUCCGAACUUCAGUCUUGCAACAGUCAAUCCACCAUAUGUAUUUGGACCCCAGUGCUUUGACAGCUCUGUGGGGCUUGUACUGAAUACUUCAAAUGAAAUCUUGAACACAGUGACAAAACUGGAUCCUUCUCUCCGAUCACCACAAGUCAUGUUUGGAGCAUUGGCAAUCGACGUCAGAGAUGUUGCAGAGUUUCAUGUUAAAGCCCUGGAAAUUCCUGCUUUGGCGUCUGAAAGGAUAUUUAUUGCUGCAGAACCUAUCACUGCGCAGAAAGUUUUGGAUGUUUUGAACAACUGCUGUCCAACAUUUUCUGGGAAGAUUGCCAGGGGUGAUCCAUCACAAACCGCAAAUUUGCUUGAGAAGUACUGUCCUAAGUACGACUUGACUCAUACUCUGCGUUUGAUUGGAGAUUACAAAUUCAUUUCUCUCCAGCAGUCACUGACGGAUGUGUAUUCACAGUAUUUUAAAGUGAACACUUAUCAGAUAGAUGACAGAAUUAGAAAUGACAGUCGUUUUUAACUCCACUACCAAAACAUGAUUGCAUCAGGUUUUCGACC